ACAAAUACCUAGUACCUAAUAAAUAAUAAUCCAUACUUAUCACUUUGUUUUGUUAAUAAAGUGUUAUCAAUGUAUUUUAUGGAAAAAUGAACACGUUGUUCACUGUAUCUGUGAGAAGAAUUUCGCACGUCUGUACUUUGAAGCCCUACAAGGAGACAAAAUGGCUGAUGCCCUACGGGAACCCAACCGGGAUCUAUGUUUACAAUUGUGUGGCUAAUCAGAGGGUUCCGGUGAUUUUGAGCGAUCCCCACAUCGCAACAUGGUAUUCCUGCGGCCCCACUGUCUAUGAUUCGGCACAUAUUGGUCAUGCGAGUUGCUACGUAAAACUAGACAUCAUUCAAAGGAUAUUAAAAUCAUUCUUUAAUGUGAACCUGGUGACUGCAAUGGGCAUUACAGAUAUCGACGACAAAAUCAUAAAAAGGGGACUCGAGACGAAUACUCACUUCACAAACAUCGCUAAACAAUAUGAAAGCGAGUUCUGGCUCGACAUGAACUCUUUGAACAUAGAAAAACCACUAAUAAUUACGCGCGUCUCCGAGCAAAUCGAUUGUAUCGCCAGCUUUGUGAAGAAACUCAUUGAUAAUGAAGUGGCAUAUGUGUCGAAGACAGGUUCAGUAUAUUUUGAUACUAGUAAAUUUCCUUCAUAUGGAAAGUUAAGCAGAAUGCAAGACGAAGGUGAGCCAUCAGAUGAGGAAAAGAAAAAUAAAAUGGACUUUGCUGUAUGGAAAGGACACAAGCCAGGAGAACCCUACUGGGAUGUCCCCUGGGGUUCUGGAAGACCUGGCUGGCAUAUAGAAUGCUCUGCUAUGGCGAGCAAGGUAUUUGGUUCACAACUUGACUUCCACGCAGGAGGCAUUGAUCUGCGCUUCCCACAUCAUGAGAAUGAAGAGGCACAGUCCUGUGCUUAUCACAACAGUAGGCAGUGGGCCAAUUAUUGGAUACAUGUAGGCCAUUUACAAGUUAAAGGUGAUACUAAAAUGUCCAAAUCUUUGAAAAACACAAUAUCCAUACCAGAAUUAUUAAAAACAUACAGUGCAGAUACGUUUAGGAUGGCUUGCCUGAUAUCUAACUACAGAUAUUCCAUGGAGUACACAGAUGCAGCAAUGGAAAAUGCUGAAGAAGUUUUGAAUAAGUUUAAAUUCUUCCUUAAAGAUGCCAUUGUUUAUAUCAAUAAUAAUACAGCAACACAUCCAUGUCAAUAUAAAGAUUCAAUUUUGAAAGAGUUGCAAAAAGUUCAAGAUGGUAACAUAGAAGCUUUGAAAACUGAUUUUGAUACAGCUACUUGUAUAAAUAAUAUGUUAAAUUUAAUUUCAAGCACAAAUAAAAUUAUAAAAAAUGACAGCAGUGGAUACUAUCCCGUGACUGUGACAUUAAUAGUGGAAUAUAUAACAGGAGUUCUAACGAAAUUUGGAUUGAAACUACAAGAUGGUUCUCAAGAGAAUAUUUUUUCCGAUAUGCUUAUAGACACACUUGUUGAAUUUAGACAUACAGUCAGACUAAACGCUUUAUCUAAGAAAGAUAAAGAGUUAUUAAAGGCAUGUGAUAUUGUUAGAGAUAAAAUGAAGUCAAUCAAAGUACAAAUAAAUGAUAGCAACAAGACCCCAUCAUGGGUGUUAAUAAAAUAAUUGAUAACAAUAAAAUGAUAACUUCUGUUAAUUAUUAACAUACAGUGUGAAAACCCUGACAGUAUAUAAAUGCAUUUAAUAUUCAUAAAACAAACAAUAUUUUGUUUGACUUAAAGUGGAGAACAACCCAAAUAACAUUGUUAUAGUGACCUAGUAUGUCAUACAUGGUAUCUCCUUCAGCAUAUAUAUAUGCCACCUCCUUCAGCAUAGCUUUGAUAAGAUUAAAAAAUUUCAGCUUAGGCAUGAUUUUUUUACAAUCAAAUGUAUUAUAUUAUGUGAAUAAUCCUUAUAGAGUAGGAAUUUACACUGCACUGAUAAACUUAACACAAGUGGGUCUCUCACUCAGAAGUCAUUGAAUUACCAAGUGAUAUUCUUUGAAUAUAUGCAAUUUUACUUUAAGGGAGAGGUUAAUCAAUUACAAAUUGAAAAGAAUGUUAAACAUGUUAUUUAAAAAUAAAAAAUAUUUGGUCCA